AUGGCCAGCACAGAGACCGUGAACGCUUUGUUGAAGCGACUGGACGCUCAGCGCGAUGCAUAUCAAGAGACCUUUUCGUUGAUCCACGAGGUUCUGGCACAAAAUCUUGCAGCCAUUGUACCAUCUGGAGCACCAGUACCAGCAACCCAAACAUCUGAAGUGCCGCCGACUCCCCGCUCGCCUCGACAAUCAGUUUCAGGCACUACGGCGGAGCGGUCCAAGAAGCAUCGGAAGUUUUCAGGUGGUCUCGCUACCUUGACGACCUCAUCAGACAGCAAGCAUACAGGAAAUAGCGACUCCGAGGCUGACGAUGAGGAGCUCUAUGCAUCGCACUUCCUCGAACCAGAGAUCUAUGAUGAAGAAGGGCUUCGAACUCACCUACCAAAGAUCAAAUACUACGAGCAUACCUCUAAAGUUCUGCAGACAGUGAUCGACAACCCAAAGAGGAUGCUACAGAAGCCUCUGAUACCACACCGCAAAGGUCAAUUGGAAGAUCGCAGCCACUUCAGUCACUAUCAGGUGUUUGAUGUCGGCACAGAUGGCGCCCUUUUGCAAGUUGAGCGCACCGAUAUCGAGCAAGAAGCUUCGCGGGCACAAGCCAUUUGGCACGCAAUCAGAGAACUCAACCAGCCACCGAAGGAACGAUUGGCUGUGGGACGUAUCACGAUUCUGCGGGAGCUCAGUCCGAUCCUUUUCGGGGCCGCCCAUUUCGCCUUCAGCAAGCAUUUUGACGUGGAUGAGCUCUUUCGCCACUUAGUCGCAGUGGAUGGCUCCUCCGCCAAUUUUCAUCGAGCCUUCGACUCCGACGAAAGAAAGCAGCGGAGCUUCGUCUUCAACUUUGAGUACUACACUAUCGUUGGCCAGGACUGUGAACCGAUGCGAUGGCAGACCUCUGACCUCCAGAAUAAGAGGAGCGCGCAUCACAUACCCAUCACACGUUGUAGCUCUGUCGUUGCUCUUGUACUGAACGGACCAGCUGUUCGGAAAGUCCGAAAUCCUUCCAGACGGGCUGUCAAUAGUCAUGGUUUUGCGUACGAUCCUUGGUCAUCGUGGCAAGUACUCAAUCUGCAGUGUUACCCUGACUGGAACGCAUCCACCGAGGUACAUGAUUCUACUCGGCAUUAUGUCAAUGGUGUGGAAGCGUUCAUGGUGACAGUGCUCGGCGAGUUUCGUGAUGCACAAAAGAGGUUCGAAUUGAUUUACCGGGCCAUCACGAAGCUGAUCACGCCACCACUGGACUUCAUGUUUGAUGCUGACAUCAGAGAUGAACUUCUUUUCGAAGACGGAGACCUAACAUAUUCGCGACGCUACUUCUGGGCUUCGACAACGCUAGCCUUGGUCAAUGAGAGCAUAAGAAAUAUGCUUGAAGCCUACGAAGACAAUUUCACAGACGACGUAUGGGAAGGUACGCACAAAACACUGUGGCCUUUGCUGGAGUAUGACAGCGCACGCAAUGUCUACUUCAGAAAACGCAUGGCUCUGCUUCGGACGAGAUUUGAGCAGGAGAUUGAGAACCUUAAGAAGCAAAUGCAGGAGAACGAUGAUCGGCGAGAUGAGAUCCACAACUUGAAGGAGGAGUUGUUUAAGGGUACCUCGAUACUCGAGAGCCGGAAAUCUGUCGAGAAUACCGAGAUAACUAUCCAGCAAGGAAACAACAUAAAAUUACUUACACUUGUCAAUAUUUUCUUCCUUCCGUUGACCUUCAGCUCGUCGGUGUUCGGAAUGACGAAUAUGCCCACCACCGAACACUAUUGGCCCUUCGCUGUUGUGACAGUAGCUAUUUGUGUACCAUUCUUCGUCCUCGUCGGUUCGCUCAACACCAAGGAAGGCAUGCACUGGUGGCGAUCGAAGACUCGCGACCUUUUCCAGUGGAUCGGUUUGACCUUGAAAUGGUUAUUUCGCAAGCAUUCGGAAGAGAACGAUAAUCUCUCACGAACAUCCUCGAUCGACGAGAUGUAUGGUCUGAGACGACUUUCAGCAUCUCGAUCAACUUCGCAGCAAAAGGCGCGUGAUUUGCCCUUACGGAAGAUCACUACAACGCAGAAAUUUGAGAUCAGUCGGCAGAGUAUCGAUGUGAGGAAUGUGGACCAUGAGCUGACAAGAGAAGGCAAUGGGGUCAUGCGUGCUCCACCAGCCAGAUCACAGUCAUCGAAUUUGGCUGUGAUGUGGGCUGAAGAGCGAGAGGGCAAGAGACGCCGGACUGUACAAUAG